GGUUUGGAUAGUUAUGUAGAUUCAAUAACAGCGUCACUGAACUUAUAAAGGAUUCCCAUUGGUCCUCCUCCAGACACGUGACUCGUGGGGAGUGUCUCCCCUCCGUCACGUGAACAGCCCCCCCCACACACGCUCACACACACACGGACACACACACACUCGCUGGAGGUUCUGUGGGUGUGCCGCGAGGCGGGGCCACGCAGGUCAUUCGAGCCCGCUGAUUGGUCACUCACGAUCGAUUGGGGCGGGGCUAAUACAGCAGUUAGUCCAACUGCCUGUCAUUCGAAUGCAAUAAUGAUGCAUUCAGGGGCUCCUCGUAUUUCUGUGCCUUCACAUAAAACGUCUCUUUCUCCCUUCUUGAGUGUUUCCCCGAUGUCAGCAGGUUUUCUCAGUGAGACUCUUUGGGCGGUGAGAAGGUGGAGAAGCUUUCCAGUGGUUGGACAUCCCCUGCAGUGCACCGGCGGAGAGGCGAACGCUCCAAAGGGGUUGUGAGUUUUCCCGACAGCCCCUGAAGGCAGCAGCAACCCCUCCGCUUCAUUCAACGUGAUCGCGUCUCUCACGGAGAGCUGGUGUGACUUCGCUCUCACGCGCUUCAACCCGCGAGACAGACCCCCAAAGACAGCAGCGACCACCGGGGGAAGUCUGCGAUGUGACGGACGCCGAGAGGCCGAGAUGCAGAGGGGCAGCAGACGGGCGGCGCGCCGAUGAGGGAGCCUCUCCGCCGGCAGCUCUUGAAAGACGUCCCGCUGACCUGAGACCGAGAAGCGACGAUGGCGAGCCAGGCGGACUGCUGCGUGAAGGUGGCCCUGAGUGAUGACGUCACGUUGAAUGGGGAAGGCCUUCAUCUCUCAGUGGAGCACAGCAUCUCCAGUGUUCCUCAGUGGUGGUGUGGUUCACCUUCAAGGCCUUCAUCUCUCACUGGAGCACAACAUCUCCAGUGUUCCUCAGUGGUGGUGUGGUUCACCUUCAAGGCCUUCAUCUCUCACUGGAGCACAACAUCUCCAGUGUUCCUCAGUGGUGGUGUGGUUCACCUUCAAGGCCUUCAUCUCUCAGUGGAGCACAACAUCUCCAGUGUUCCUCAGUGGUGGUGUGGUUCACCUUCAAGGCCUUCAUCUCUCAGUGGAGCACAACAUCUCCAGUGUUCCUCAGUGGUGGUGUGGUUCACCUUCAAGGCCUUCAUCUCUCACUGGAGCACAACAUCUCCAGUGUUCCUCAGUGGUGGUGUGGUUCACCUUCAAGGCCUUCAUCUCUCCGUGGAGCACAACAUCUCCAGUGUUCCUCAGUGGUGGUGUGGUUCACCUUCAAGGCCUUCAUCUCUCCGUGGAGCACAACAUCUCCAGUGUUCCUCAGUGGUGGUGUGGUUCACCUUCAAGGCCUUCAUCUCUCCGGGCUCUCGCAUUUCAACCAGACCCACAACGGGGCUUACAGAGACAGACGUUGUCUUUAUGGAUCCAUAAAGUGCUGCAGAGCUUCGCCCCCCGUGACCAGAACCCUGGAACCAGAAGGCCCUCACAGCGGGAGGUCUUUGUUGGAGCACUGAUGUCCUGGGGGGCUCCCAGUCUGGCCUGUUUCCUGAUCCGUCCUCAGAUGGCCAAGGAGAAGAUCGAGGGCUGCCAGGUGUGCACGCUGGUGACCGCCGGAGAGCCUCAGGUGCUGCUGGGCAAGGACAAGGCCUUCACCUACGACUUCGUGCUGGACGUGGACUCGGAGCAGCAGCACAUCUACCGGGCCUGCGUGCACCAGCUCAUCGAGGGCUGCUUCCAGGGAUACAACGCCACGGUGUUCGCCUACGGGCAGACGGGGUCGGGGAAGACCUACACCAUGGGGACGGGCUUCGACGUGAGGCUGGGCCAGCAGGACCAGGGCAUCAUCCCACGGGCCGUCCACCAGCUGUUUGAGGGGAUCCGGACCAGCAGGCAGCGCGCCCAGGAGGCCGGCACCCCACCACCCGAGUUUAAAGUCAGCGCCCAGUUCCUGGAGCUGUACAACGAAGAGGUCCUGGACCUGUUUGACGAAGCCAGAGACCCAGAGACUCGGAACAGGAAGUCCAACAUUAAGAUCCAUGAAGACGCCAGUGGCAGCAUCUACACCACAGGAGUCACUUCUAGACUGGUGAACUCAGAGGAGGAGCUGCUGCAGUGCCUGAAGCUCGGUGCUCUGUCCCGCACCACAGCCAGCACCCAGAUGAACGCCACCAGCUCCCGCUCCCACGCCAUCUUCACCAUCUACCUCUGUCAGAUGAGAGUGUGCCAGCAGGCUCAAGUGAACGGAGGAGGAGGAGCCAACGGGGAGCCCAAUGGCGGGGGCUCCAGCCCCAUCACUCAGCCCAAUGGCGGGGGCUCCAGCCCCAUCACUCAGCCCAAUGGCGGGGGCUCCAGCCCCAUCACUCAGCCGGAGUUCGAGACUCUGAUGGCCAAGUUCCACUUCGUGGACCUGGCCGGCUCCGAGAGGCUGAAACGUACGGGAGCAACAGGAGAGAGAGCCCGCGAAGGGAUCUCCAUCAACUGUGGACUGCUGGCGCUGGGAAAUGUGAUCAGUGCUUUAGGGGACCAGACCAAGAAGGGAGGCCACGUCCCGUACAGAGACUCCAAACUCACUCGCCUGCUACAGGACUCACUGGGAGGCAACAGCCGCACGGUGAUGAUCGCCUGCGUCAGUCCGUCAGACCGAGACUUCAUGGAGACGCUGAACACGCUGAAGUACGCCAACCGGGCCCGGAACAUCCGCAACAAGGUGGUGGUGAACCAGGACAAGACCAGCCAGCAGACCAGCGCCCUGCGAGCAGAGGUGGCCCGGCUCCAGAUGGAGCUCCUGGAGUACAAGGCGGGGAAGCGGGUGGCAGGUGAGGACGGGUCGGAGGGCUACAGCGACCUGUAUCAGGAGAACGCCAUGCUGCAGAGAGAAAGAGACACCCUGCGCCUCAGGGUGAAGGCCAUGCAGGAGACCAUCGAGCACCUCAACACCCGGGUCACACACCUGCUGGCCAACGAGGUCAGCGCUCUGCUGACCAAGUCAAGUGAGGGCAACGAGGAGAUCGGUGCUCUGAUACACAACUACAUCCGAGAGGUUGAAGAACUUCGCACCAAGCUUCUGGAGAGCGAGGCCAUGAACGAGUCUCUGCGGAGUCAGGCAGCCCGGCUCUCCCUGCGCCCCCCGUACCCCUCCUCCACCCUCAGCCCCGCCCCCGGCCACGCCCCCGGCUCCUCCCCUGCUUCACUGUCAAUGGAGGCCGAGAUGACGGACGUGCUGCGCCGGGCCAAGAUGGACAUUGAAAAGCUGAAGAAGAAGGAAAGGAGGCAGAGAAGAACAAGUCCUGAUUUGGAGAAAGGUCUGAAGAAGCGAGUGAAGCUGCACGAGAACGGAGAGAACGGACAGAACGGAGAGAUCGAUUCAGACGACAACUACCCCGAGGACGUCAUGUCUCCACUGCAGGAGGAGAGUGGCUGUGAGGAAGAUGAGGACGAAGAGGAAGGCAGGGAGGAGGAGGAGGACGGGUUCAGUGACGAGAGCCUCGUGGACUCCGACUCCGACUCUGACGACAAAGCCGACUUCCAGGCGGACCUGGCGGACCUGACCUGCGAGAUCGAGAUCAAGCAGAAACUGAUCGACGAGCUGGAGAACAGCCAGCGGAGGCUGCUGGUGCUGAAGCUGCAGUACGAGGAGAAGCUCAUCCUCCUGCAGAACAAGAUCCGAGACACUCAGCUGGAGAGGGACCGCGUGCUGCAGAACCUCAUGUCCAUGGAGAACUACACGGAGGAGAAGGCCAGCAGGAUCAAGCAGGACUACGAGAAGCGUCUCAAGGAGAUGAACCGAGACCUGCUGAAGCUGCAGGUGGCUCAGAAGGAGCACGCGCGUCUCCUCAAAAACCAGGGGAGGUACGAGCGGGAGCUGAAGAAACUCCAGACCGAGGUCAACGACAUGAAGAAGGCCAAGGUGACGCUGAUGAAGCAAAUGAAGGAGGAGCAGCUGAGCAGGAGGCUGGUGGAGGCCAAGAGGAGCCGCGAGAUCGCCCAACUCAAGAAGGAGCAGCGGCGACAAGAGUACCAGAUCCGAGCGCUGGAGUCUCAGAAGCGGCAGCAGGAGCAGGUUCUGCGCAGAAAGACCCAGGAGGUGAGCGCCCUGCGGCGCCUGGCCAAGCCCAUGUCCGACCGCGUGGCCGGGCGCGUGGCCCGAUGGAACCAGAACACCACGGUGACGGACUCCGGAGCCGAGUUCACGCCCAGCAUCACGGCCAGCGGCUCCGAGCCGGACCCCGGGAGGACCGUCAGCGGGCUGGUGAGGCAGUGGAACAACAAGAACAACGUGUUCGGGUACCUGGCCGAGAGCGAAGGCCUCGUGGACGGAACCCGGGUCAUCGGCAGGAAGAAGUUGCAGCGUAAGCCAUCAGGCGGCGUGGGCGCGUCGGUCCGAGCGAGCAGCUUGUCGAAGUCGGCCCGUCAGAAGUGGCAGAGCCUGGAGCGCCGCAUCCUGGACAUCGUCAUGCAGAGAAUGACCAUCGCCAACGUGGAGGCGGACAUGGAUCGCCUCAUCAAGAAGCGAGAGGAGCUCACAGUCCAACAGGAAUCGCUCUCACACAAGAGGGAGGUGCUAAUGGCGGAUGGGGAGGGGCCAGAAGCAGAAGACCGCCUCCUUCAGGAAAUAAACGAGGACAUUGAGGUGCUGAACGCCAACAUAGACUACAUCAACGACAGCCUGUCUGACUGCCAGGCCACCAUCGUACAGAUAGAGGAGACCAAGGACGAGCUGGACUCGGUGGACACCUCCGUGGUCAUCAGCUCCUGCUCUCUGGCUGAAGCACGCCACCUGCUGGACCACUUCCUGAAGGCGUCCAUAGACAAAAGUCUACAGGUGGCUCAGAAGGAGGCUCAGAUCCGCCUGCUGGAGGGUCAGCUGAGACAGAGCGAUGUGAUUGGCUCGUCUCACAACCACAUCAUCCUCGAUGCCCUGAGGGAGAAGGCGGAGCACAUCCCUGGACUUCAGGCUCUCAUCCACAACGUGCAGCAGGAAAACGGUUAUGCCAGCACAGAUGAGGAGCCCUCAGAGUUCAGCCAAGCCUCCGACAGCAGUGUGUCUCAAAUUAAAGAAUCCAACAGCCAAGAUGAUUUCAAAAUAAAGAUGGAGCCUCGUCUGUCGGCCCAGAUGAAGGCGGUGUCUGCAGAGCAUCUGGGUCCCGUUGUGGACCCCUCGUCCGGCAGCAAGCAGCACAUCACCAAGUCUCUGGCCUCGCUGACGGACAUCCAGGAGGACGGGCUGAGCCUGGGGACCGCUAGUCUGGGUUUCAGCCUGGCCCUGCGAGACCACUACCACCGGGACCGGGUGUCCCGCACCAUCAGCCUCCCGGUCAGGGGGCACACCUUUCCCAGGCAGUCUCGGGGUUAUGACACCUCCCCCCUCACAAGGAGGAAGUCCUACGACCGAGCCUACAGGCCUACUGACGGCUACACCCCCCCCUCCUCCCCCCCUCUCAGGACCAGGAACGACCGCAAUGUCUUCUCAAGGCUCAGCAGCAACCAGAGCCAGGGUUCUGGUCUGGACAAGUUGGAUGACAACGACUCCUCGCUCUCCGAGGUGCUCAGGGGUGUCAUCAACCCCAUCGGGGGGGUGAAGGGGGGUCGGACUGCCCCCCUGCAGUGUGUUUCUGUAGCUGAGGGCCAUUCAAAGCCGGUCCUGUGUGUGGAUGCCACAGAUGAGCUGCUGUUCACUGGAUCUAAAGAUCGCACCUGUAAGAUGUGGAACCUGGUGACCGGUCAGGAGAUCGUCACCCUCAAAGGCCACCCCAACAACGUGGUCUCGGUCAAGUACUGCCCCCCCUCCGGUCUGGCCUUCUCCGUGUCCACCUCCUACAUCAAGGUGUGGGACAUCCGCGACUCGGCCAAGUGUGUCCGCACACUCACGUCAGCGGGGCAGGUGGUGUCGGGCGACGCGUGCGCGGGCACCAGCACCCGCACAAUCACCUUUGCUCAGGGCGAGUGUCAGAUUAACCAGAUCGCCCUGAACUCAUCAGGAUCGGUGCUCUACGCUGCUGCUGGGAACACGGUCCGCAUGUGGGACCUCAACAGGAUGCAAGGAAUGGGGAAGCUGACAGGCCACAUCGGCUCCGUCAUGUGCCUCACUGUGGGACAGUCUCUGCUGGGCAAAGAUCAAGUAAUCACUGGCUCCAAAGACCACUAUGUCAAGGUGUUUGACGUGGCAGAGAGCAUGCUGGGUAAUGUGGGUCCGGCUCAUAACUUCGAGCCGCCCCACUACGACGGCAUCGAGUGCUUGGCGGUCCAGGGAGACGUGCUGUUCAGCGGGUCCAGAGACAACGGCAUCAAGAAGUGGGAUCUGGAGCAGCAGGAGCUCACUCAGCAAAUCCCCAACUCCCACAAGGACUGGGUCUGCGCGCUGGCCUUCGUGCCGGGCCGGCCCAUGCUGCUGAGCGCCUGCAGGGGCGGCGUGCUGAAGGUGUGGAACGUGGAGAACUUCACCCCCCUCGGGGAGGUCAGAGGUCACGAGAGCCCCAUUAACGCCAUAUGUACCAACUCGAGGCAGAUCUUCACUGCGUCCAGUGACUGUAGGGUGAAGUUGUGGAGCUAUGUUCCAGGCUUGACCCCAUGUCUUCCUCGACGGGUUCUUGCCAUCAAGGGCCGAGCCACCAGCCUCCCAUGAUUGCCUCUCCUCCGCUCACCUCCCUUCCUCUGCGACAAGACGGUGAAGAUCUGGUCUUCGAAGGUGUGGAGGAAGAGGUGAUGGCAGCUGCUUCUUCUGUCGGCCAUCUUGUGACCUGCUGACUGCUCCCAGUGGUGUGAAACAGUUUCAAGGCCUUCAGGGCGGAUUACGUAUUAAAAGGAAGAAACACUGAUUGCCUUCCAGAUUAUUUUACAGGAGAGACAUUCAGGUGUGGUGAACAUUCACCGGACACAACGGUUGCUCUCCCUGACGUGGAAACUACCACAGCUGGGUCUAAGGAGGCAGGGUCCUUCUGCUCCUCCAGCAAGGUUUCCAUCAUGUGUAUUCAUCCAGCUACCUUGUCUCCACGUCACUUCCCCCUGUUCCUCCUUCCAGGACCAUCAGGGUCCACCAGCCUUGUUCUGGUGAUGGACCCCUUGGAGGUCCUGCUGUGGCUGGUGGUGGAGGAUCAGCCUGCUGGGUCAGACAUCUCUGUUCCUCAAACGCCCUCCGGUCCUUUCUCUUCAAGUCUACAUCACUGAAACCUUUUACUCGUUCAUUAUUCUCCCUACCUCAGUUGUUUUGGACCUGUGAAGUGGGCGGUAACAUUUUGACAGGUCUCUGGUGCUGUGGAGUGUUUAUGGGAUGCCCGUCUCCUCCUCUCCUGUGGGCGUGUCCUCUGUGGCUCUCUGGCUGCUGACCCUGCAGGAAAGCACACGACCAGCAGUGCAACGCAGGGAGCAAAGUGCUGACUGCGGCACAAAAGAAACCAAACUCAGAGCCGUGCCACAGCACACACUCCUCCAGUCAAAGGGCCAGACCAGUGUCUCCACCCGGAUGGUAACUGGAGCUCCAUCAGCUCCACUCUGGUCCUUGAGGUUGGAGUCAACUCCUUCUCAGCUACUCAACUCAAGGGAAGCCAAUUCAAUUCCAGGUUUCUGAGCUCCGGCUGCUGCUCAGGGAAGAUUACUUGGGGGAAAGUAGGUCAUAACUGAGAGGGAUUUCUUAUUGGAAUCCCUGUUUUCUUCCUCCCACUAUUUGCUGCUACAUUUAAAGUCCUGUACCCUGCACUGAUGUACACGUCUGUUUUUGUGGGCAACACACACACGCACAACCUGUAGACACACACACACAAUUUUGGUUAUUGGACUUGUUUGAUAACCUCACUGUCUCUUAAACAGACAACAUUCACAUCCCUUCAGUUCCACAUGACAUGAAGUGACACGUCUUCAUACGCAGCACAGAAUACUUCAGCUCUGAAACAUCACCGAUAACUACGUCGAUGGUCUGGUUUCCUUCUAGAAGUUUAAUUCCACAAAGCGUGCAUCAUAACAGCCGGAUGCACUGCCGAGUGUCGGUGAACCAAUAGGAGUUCUCCAAAAGCAAUCAUGUGACUUUGGGUUUGAUAUUGAAUGCAGGUGUGUGGAUGGAGAUGAUUAAACGCCUUCUCGGUGUUAAUGUUCUGCCAUUUGUAGAAACUCAGGUACAGAUUGAAGGGUAAUGUUAGUCCAACUGAAGUCAUCACUUUGAGUCUUUGUUUGACAGAUUUUCUUUAUUUAAAUCUUUGGGACGAAUCCCUGUUUGUAAAAGACUCUUUCCAUGUUUUGCUUCUUUUUAUCUCGGCUUUUCUUUUCUUCUCUUCCAAUCUGGCCAAAGCUGGUCGUCUGGUAACUGAGAGGAUGUGCACUGGUUUCUGAUCAUAGUACCAUAGGAACCAGGAGGUUCUCUGGACCUGGAGUCUACUGGGCCCUUCACUGGACUGCUCAUGAGCCAGACUGACCCGGUUCCAUGUGGGCCCUUCACUGGACUGCUCAUGAGCCAGACUGACCCGGUUCCAUGUGGGCCCUUCACUGGACUGCUCAUGAGCCAGACUGACCCGGUUCCAUGUGGGCCCUUCACUGGACUGCUCAUGAGCCAGACUGACCCGGUUCCAUGUGGGCCCUUCACUGGACUGCUCAUGAGCCAGACUGACCCGGUUCCAUGUGGGCCCUUCACUGGACUGCUCAUGAGCCAGACUGACCCGGUUCCAUGUGGGCCCUUCACUGGACUGCUCAUGAGCCAGACUGACCCGGUUCCAUGUGGGCCCUUCACUGGACUGCUCAUGAGCCAGACUGACCCGGUUCCAUGUGGGCCCUUCACUGGACUGCUCAUGAGCCAGACUGACCCGGUUCCAUGUGGGCCCUUCACUGGACUGCUCAUGAGCCAGACUGACCCGGUUCCAUGUGGGCCCUUCACUGGACUGCUCAUGAGCCAGACUGACCCGGUUCCAUGUGAUAACAAUGCAAAGGGUUUCCUUCUAGACCCUUCCUUCUUCCUGGAGAAGUACUGUAGCGUUAGACACUCUUUAGACUCUUUAUACAUCCUCUAGACACUCUUUAGACACUCUUUAAACACUCUUUAGAGAGUGCAUUCUCUAGACACUCUUUAGACAUACUUUAGACACUCUUUAAACACUCUUUAGAGAGUGCAUCCUCUAGACACUCUUUAGACAUUCUCUAGACACUUUUUAGACACUCUUUAAACACUCUUUAGAGAGUGCAUUCUCUAGACACUCUUUAGACAUUCUCUAGACACUUUUUAGACACUCUUUAAACUCUCUUUAGACACUCUUUAGAGAGUGCAUUCUCUAGACACUCUUUAGACACUCUUUAGAGAGUGCAUUCUCUAGACACACUUUAGACACUCUUUAAACACUCUUUAGAGAGUGCAUUCUCUAAACACUCUUUAGACACUCUUUAGACACUCUUUAGAGAGUGCAUUCUCUAGACACACUUUAGACACUCUUUGGACACUCUUUAGAGAGUGCAUUCUCUAGACACUCUUUAGACACACACUUUGGACACUCUUUAGAGAGUGCAUUCUCUAGACACACUUUAGACACUCUUUAGACACUCUUUAGAGAGUGCAUUCUCUAGACACUCUUUAGACACUCUUUAGAGAGUGCAUUCUCUAGACACUCUUUAGACACACACUUUAGACACUCUUUAGAGAGUGCAUUUAAUCAAAGCAUGGAGGGAUUUGGCUUUUUGUUUGGAUUCUGAGGCAUUGACAGUCAAUGAAUUAUGUGUAAAAAAUAUAGCAAAAAUGCAGGAGCCCUAAUUACCUGCACCACCUUGUUACCUGCACCACCUUGUUACCUGCACCACCUUGUUACCUGCACCACCUUGCUACCUGCACCACCUUGCUACCUGCACCACCUAAUUACCUGCACCACCUUGUUACCUGCACCACCUUGCUACCUGCACCAUCUUGUUACCUGCACCACCUUGCUACCUGCACCACCUUGUUACCUGCACCACCUUGCUACCUGCACCAUCUUGUUACCUGCACCACCUUGCUACCUGCACCACCUUGUUACCUGCACCACCUUGCUACCUGCACCACCUUGCUACCUGCACCACCUUGUUACCUGCACCAUCUUGUUACCUGCACCACCUUGUUACCUGCACCACCUUGUUACUGAGGAGUCUUCCUCCUCAGAUGGCCUCAAGUUAGGAUUUACAUGCACUUUGGAUGAUGAACACUGCUGUGAAUACUCUGUGAAUUGUUUUUCAGAUAUGUAUUGAGCAUAUCUUUAGACUUAGUUUACAAAGACAUGUGAGUCCCCAACGAGGCUUAAAACUAUCUGUUCAGCUCGACAGUAGGUUUAGAAAUCAAUUAUAUUAAUGUUUGUGCUGAUGCAGUAUGUGAAAUACAUAGAAAGACGUCCCCAGUAUGUCCCUGCCUUUAAAGUCCUCUUUUCAAGCAAAUAUUCCUCUUUGCCAGAGCAGCAUGCACACCUUCGUAAAAGGCCCAGAGAUCCCAUGUCAUCCUUAUAUGUCUGUUCAUAUUCUGACAUUCUUCCCAAUAUUACUACCGACCACUAACAGGAUGAUGAGAUCUCACCACAAUCUAGUUCUCCUUUCAGAAGAGUUACUAUCACACCAAAUGUCUUGAAUUGGUCCACCAGCUGACGGCAAUGUUCUGUCUCCAAAUGGAGCCGCUCACAGCGUCUCGUUUCAAACCUGUUUGACCAGCUGAAACGGGCCUGAUCACUAGUUAAAGCCUCCGCGUGGCAUUCAAAGUAGUAUUUAAAAAUGUUGUGCCAAAAGACAAUGCACCCGUGGAUCUCACCUGGUGACUCAGAAUGAAUUGACCAUAUUGACCAACCGCUGCUUGGGGGCGGGGUUUAGCAAAUGGUCAAUUGGCUGGAAUCAAAACAAAGACAAACGUGUGUAACCAGUGGCUCCGGUAUCGGGGGCGGGACCUCAGCCCAGACCCAGAGUUCUAGUCCGGCCCAACCAUCUCAAGACCACGAGGACCCAAGAGGUCCGCUCAGCUUCAGCCGACCAGCCUUACUGCCUUUAAGCAGCACGCUUAUGGAGGACAUUGACAUCCUGAGUGUGGACAGAUUGUCCAAUAGAUGGUGGAGCUCUGCUCUGAGGGAUGGAUCCUGCUUUGGAUCGACACCACGCACCAACACUGGGCGGCUCUGCUGCUGUCCAGCUCGUGUUUGGGAAGACGACAUGUGGCAGUCUGUGAAAUAUGUACUCGUGGGUCAUACAUGCAGGGUCAAAGGUCACGUGUGCCUUCUAUUGCACAGACUACUCUUAAAUGAGUGUAAAUGUGUGUAUAGUCUUUUUUUAUAUAACAAUGUGCAUGUGACCGAGCCAUGUAAAAUUUCUAACUGUACAUAAUGUAAAUACAUAUUUAAUGAAGGAUCCAACAUUCCCUCAAGAAAAUAAACAAGUUAAAAAGA